CACCACCACUCAAUACACCCCCUCCCCUCUACUCACUUGACACCAUGCGCUGACGCUGGGGGACCAACAAUAAGCAAGUCAGCCACUAGUUGCGCGACACACAUACACUGACUUGACUUACUCCUCUAGCAAAACAAAAAUAUUGCAGUCAGUGAAAGUUUGUGAGAGACAGACUCGUUGACAUAAGAAAAAAACUAAGUCUUUCACUCUAACGGGGGAACAAGAAUAAAAGCGUCAACAACAACACACACACUAAAAAAAAAAAAAAGAAAAAAAAAAGCCGAACACACGAUUUAUAUGUGUGUGUAUAUAUAUAUAUAUAUAUAUAUAUAUAUAUGUAUAUAUUUACAUCCGUGACUAUUUCGAAAACCAGUGACUUUAAGUAAUAUACACAGAUACCAGUGGCGUUAAGUGACUUUAAAACUUUCUGCAAUAUAUAUACUGAAUGGAAACAAAAGUGUGGAAGAAAUAACUCUGUGGGGGAGGGAAAAAAAAUCAAAUCAGUGUCUUUUUUUUUCUAUUUAUUUGUUACAACAAUUGAAGUAAGCCGACUCGUUUCUGUUGUGUUACUACGAAAUAUGUUUAUUACUGUUACGUUGGAAUAUUAUUAUACACAGCCUUUUCUGGAGUAUCAUCAACCUGACUAAGUCUUUCCGUGAACUUCUUCCAAACAAGGAAUUACUAUUUCCAAAACUUUAAACAAGCACUUAUUUACCAUUUAAUUUUUUUUAUAUAUAUAUAUAUAUAUCUUUACGUUUUUAAAACACAACACAAUAAUCCUUUAUUUUUCUGUCAAUCUAUAUUCACUUUCUUUCGCUUACACACACGCAAACUAACUUUGACAACUUGUUUCUUCGUUUGCAUGCAUCUAUCUUUUCCACUCUCUUGUGCAUGUGACAUACACAGCUUCUCUCUCUCUCUCUCUCUCCCUUUCAAAUUUUUGUCAACUAAAAACGAAAAUAACCUCCGUCCUGCUGGUACUAGUAGUAAUUGUGACGACAGUUCCUGUAACAUCAGCUGUGCGGCGAACACCGCUGCCGUUUGGUAGUUGGAAAGAAUUUAAUUCCAUUUUCUCUUAUUAUUGAAAGAAAAAAAAAAACCCCAAACAAACCACCUGUUAAAGACAAGGAUGAAGAUUAUUAUCUCAAUGUUGUUUUAUCAGCUUUGUUGAAAACAAAACCAAUUUCGAGCAGAUGUUAUUCAACAAUUUUUGUUCUUCAGUUCUUACCCACUUCUCUCUUUAAAGUUUGCUGUUUUUGCCUGUCCAUUCUUACACACUCAUUUUCUCUACCGAAAUAUAAGUUAGACCCAUAUCUAUGAGAAAAUUCAAACUAAACACCGAUAGCAAUAUAUUAACGUAUUUUCACUGACCAACAUUAUGAAUGUUUGUUAUAUAUUGUAUACAGGAUGCAUUUGUGGAGAGUAACUAAAAGAAGUGUCAAAUUAAUUAUAUCAAAGACUGGAGCAACAAAUUUACAUUCAUUGUUUGAUUAAAAAAAUAUUGCAUUUCAUCGAUUUAACAAAUUUAUGUGUUGCCAUACUGUUUAGCUAACUGGACAGGUGGUUGUUACCGGUAUCUAGCGGUAUGAUGAUGGAAGAAUUUAUACCCCUCUGCUCCAGCUUGGCUCGGGAACAGUACACACUACAGAGGUUAAAUUCUUCAAAAGAAGAGAAUGAUGUUGGUACACUGACGGAGCUACGUUGUGCCAGUCCAUUAAACAGUUGGAACCGCGAUGGACUUGGUGACGACGUCUACCUGGAGUAUUUGUUUUCACAAGGUCUCGCUGAUACCAUCGACCCUGCACGGUCCCCUACAAACAUUAAAUCACGCUUGUGUUCGCCUUGUUCAUCCCCCGUCACGUCACACUUAGUGGGACACACAGACGGUUCCCAAAGUUCUUCUUCGAGUCUUUCCGAUAUUUCCUCUAAUACUUCAGAGUUAUCCAUGGACUUGUCAAGCAGCAGCAACAGCAGCACCAGCAGCAGUUGCUAUAGUAACGGAAAUGAUUCACUGGACAACUGUGAUAGUUUUGAUGAAGUAUUUUCUUUAUCCGACAACGAACUGAUAGUUCUUGGUGUUGGUUUGCAGAGUCUAAUGCACACUGCCCUUGACGGUUGCACGCCAGAAAGGUUUCACUCGCCGCAAGACCAGCACUACUAUCAAGUUCCACAACAAUUGUAUAAACUCAACAAUAACAUCAACAAUGCCACUAUUUUGACGAGCCGUAACAAGCGGCAAACUAAUUCACGUCUCAACUCUGCAAUACGUCACAAAAUCUUCAACUUCGAUGACACUGAUAUCAAUAACUGUAAUUUGUCAGACUCGUUGACUAAAAUCCUCUCAUCGAAUAUAAGCACAAACAAAGGCAGCAAAACCUCAAACACUUCUUGUAAAAAAAAUGAACAAAACGGCAUAACAAAUGCUAAUAAAAACCAAAGCAAAACUAACAAUGCAACAAAAAACCGUGGAUCAAAGGUUAAUAAUGCAGGAAAUGUCUCUUCUCGUGCCUCCAACGGAGUUUCCAAUCGUACGACCGGCUGUAACAACAAAGAGGCAAAAAACGAGGAGAAGAUAUAUCAUUGUACAUUUGAUGGUUGUGUGAAGGUAUAUAGCAAAAGUUCACAUCUGAAAGCUCAUUUGCGGCGUCACACAGGUGAGAAACCGUUUGAUUGUACCUGGCCAGGCUGUGGAUGGCGAUUUUCGCGAUCAGAUGAACUUGCUAGACAUAAACGUUCGCAUUCAGGAAUAAAACCUUACCAGUGCAAACUUUGUGAAAAACGAUUUUCACGUUCGGACCACCUUUCCAAACAUCUUAAAGUACACCGAAAAAAAGCAUCGUCAUAACAGUAUUUAAUUAUUAUAGCUAAUUAUUAUUGUCAAUUACAUUGUGAUUAUUAUUAUUAUUAUUAUUAUUGUUACUAUUAUUAUUAUUAUUAUUAUGUGGUGCCAAAUUGUCUUCUUAAAAACUUUUGUCGUCUUUUCUGUGUUGACAGCAUUUUUUAAUAUCAUACUGUGUAUGAAAAGUGAAAAUAGAUUUGUCCAGACAUUAAGAGUAAGGUUUAUGGAAAGUGGUUUUAAAUUACUUUAGUCAAUUGGACAUUUGUAAAAAUAACGUUUUGAACCAAAAGGAAAAAAUCAUUUACUCCCCCACCCCACUGAAUAAGUAAGUAAACGGGGAAUAUUAGCUUGAUGUAUAAAGUAUAUGCAACAAUAUUUAUGUUCAAAUAUAUAUAGUACUGUGCUAAAUAGAAACACUAAGCUAACCAGAUUUAUUGUCUCUGCCAAGUAAACAAGUUUGUCCAAAUUUUAAAUACGCUAUAUCGGAAGACGUAGUAACUUAAAAUAAUGAUUUAUUGGGUACAAAACUUUAAGAUAUAUGUAGAGGAAAAAAGAUAGGAUGUUAGUGAUUAACGGCAAAAGAGGAGUUUCAAUUGUAAAUUGCAUGUCCAGAAUGUAUGUUUGGUCCUCAAUUGUUUCUUUUUUUUUUUUAAAUGACAUAGCUCACCACUAUCAUGUAAUAUUAAGUUUAAGAUCCACCAUAAAUGUUUUUCAAUCGCUGCAGAGUUGUGAUUCUAUUUGCUAAUUUAAAAAUUUACCACUGUAUACCAGUUUUGCUGCGACUCUUGCAGAUCACAGUGAAAGGAGACAGUUUAAGGCUUUUUUAUUUUAUACUUCCCUUAAGUACAUCAAGCUAUUUAUUAUUAAAAUUUAAUUUCAUGAAUUAAGCCCUUUAGUCCUCCUUUUUUUACGAAGCUCUCUGAUCAUGAAAGCCAAUAUCAACACUUAAUUCUUUUUCCUUUCCCAUAAAUAAACCAGUUUACAUGCAUACAUUAUAAAUUAAUAUACUUUCCUAAUUGUUCACAUUAGCUAUAUUUCCUCUUUAUCAAUAUAUUACUCAUUAGAGCUACAGUUAAACAAAACAACACCCUUUAUGCAAACACCAUAGCAGUAUCUCUUAUUGCUUUACCAAUUUGCUU